AAAGAAGCCGGUAGGGGGCGCUAAUGAGAUUAGCGGCGUUGUGACCGAGCGAGGAAGAAGGAUGAGGAAGUUCCAACUUCCCUUGAGGAAAGGCAACACUGUGUGUGGUGGUGGGAGAUGCAAGCUCGUACUUUGAUGCACAGUACCAGCAAGGCAACUAGAUAAUAGUAAUAUUUGAAAAAUGCCAUGGGUAACUGUUGGGCCUUCUGCGCAGGGCUCUUUAGAAGAGAGGCGAACAGGAUCCCAAGAGGAGGCGGGUCCAAAUACUUUCGCAGCAGCACCACGGGGGAGCAUUAUACAAUAGAGUUUGAAAAUCUUGUCGAAAGUGAUGAGGAGGAAAGUCCUCAACCUUGCCCAAGGCCCAUCAGCGAGGAUGAGCUUAAGAACCUUCGGGAACAUCGAUAUGCCGACAUCUCCAAUAAGCAGGUCCUGAUAGAUCAGAAGCUACAAGCGGAGUUAGAGGCACAAGAGGAGAGGUUGAGGCUAGAAGAGGAGGCUAGAAAUGCUGCCCAGCGGGAGGCCGCCAGGUUGGCGCGUGAACGAAAAGUGAAGGAGCUUUUUACGCAGAGGACGAGGGGGAUAGCAGACGGGUGCGGCAGCGAUCCUCAGUCGAGAAAACACACCGGGGAUGGCUUUGACACCUCCCUCCAGAAUGUCAAAGCCCAGUCGGAGGCUUUCAGAAGCAAUAGACUUCCGUCCGACGCGAACGCGGUGACGCCUAACACCGAGUGCAGCUGGGAUUUCACCACCAAGACCCGCUCCACCAAUGACGACGGCACUUCACUGGAUCUCGAGUGGGACGAUGAGGAGGGAAUCAACCGAGGGCUUCCGGCCUGGGAAAGGUCUCGGACAGAAGAGGACAUCCUGCGUGCGGCCUUGAGGCCCAGCGGCAAGCAAGCGCACAGUGGCCCGACCUCAACCUCCGAGGACUCAAACGCGCUAGAGUGGGAGAAUGAUUUUGUGAGUUCCCACCUAGAGGACAAUGCGGAUCCAGAAUUUGAAGGCUUUGUCAAUCCAGUGCUGGAUACUCCCUCAGAGGACGCCUCGGACUACGGACUCAGGUUGGACGGCCAGGACAGAUAGUCUCCAGCACAAAAUUAAGACUUUUGCAACCUCCUCUCACAUAUUUACAGGCUCACCAGCUUCCCCCCCCCCUCAUGAAAUAAAUGUAAUUCCUUAAGGCCUCCUUAUACUCCCGCGCUCGCGCGGCCGACAACGCCCGCAUUGCAUCACGUGACGGACGAAUUGGCCCACGCGGCCCCGCUGGGUCACUUGACGCGCGCACGGCAAAAAUAGUUGCCGCCCACAUAGAACGCCGCCGAGAUCAUCUCCCGUGAUUGGUCCGUUUUAGCCACAUGCUGUGAUGACGUACUCAACGUGCCCCUUGGUUCUACAUACCAUCUACGCCGCCGCCUUCUCGAUCGAUUUUGCAACAUAAUUAAACGUAUCCUCUGGUCA